UCGUUAGCUUGUUAGUUAGCCACACUCGGCGGCUAUCAUCGCUCAGUCCACAGUCGCUCUUAACUCGACUUUGGUGCUCGACGUUUGAAAGUGAUGGAGCUAGCUCACGUAGCGCCGCUGAAGGAUAAUCGCCAAGAAGCAAGCUUUUGUUUUUAGUUAGUUACAGCAUCGGUAAUGCAGCCGGGCUGAGCUGACGUUAGCGGUAAUAGAGAGAGGCAGGCAGUUGUGCGGUGAUUGUCCCAGCAGCAGCAGCACCAGCUCGCCUCUUGUUUCCGCCUAGAAUAAAACAGGUGCAUCUCUGCGCUAGCGACGGGCAGAUGCGGGGUAUCACUCUUAUGUAGACGGUUAUCAGAUUAGUCAUUCCAUUUUUGCGCGGUUUAAAGGAAUAAUUAUCCCAUAAAGACAGUGUUAACCUAGUGUGGGCUGCUAAAUGAUUUAUCAAGGUUGAACGUUGUAGGUGGCGUUAUCAUUUAUAAAAGGCCUCAUGCACCGACUCUCGUAGAAACCGGGGCAGCUGAAACGGGCCCGGUUGCUAACGUUUUUUUAGUCACUCAGCUAGCUAGAAAACAGUGACUGACUGGCUUGCACACAUUCCUGUCAAUGCUAUUGAUCAUGAUAGCAGCUAUAAUAGCGGUGUUUUGUUAAAUCACGUCAAAAACGACAUCUGCUGUCAUCAACCACAGCGUCUUUGUCGUUGUUGACGUUACACUGGGAAGGGCUGGAUUUAGCCUAACUUACUGUUAGUUAGCGUGGAUUUGCAAACGUUUUUUAAAAAUAAAAACAAAAUAAAAUCGUUCCAGCAGGUCCGGUAGCUUUGUUUUAAUCUCAUGUUGUCAAAUAUAGUGAUAUAAAGAGUUUAACAUUUGUGGCUAGCAGUAAUCAAUCGUUAGCAAUUAGAAGUGAAAAUCAGUUUACACGAAAUCAGCCGAUACAUCAUAACAACGGCUAAUUUUCAGAUAGUGUCACUUGUUGGGGAGCUUUACAGAGCUGAGAUUUGGCGUUUUUCAUUGUUUUACACUUGAAACUUUACUCUUCCUUCAGUAUGUAGAUAACACCAACUGUUCAUAAAAAUAUACAAAAGUGAUUUGUUCACUUGCAACGCCGGGUUUUGACUGCAUAUAGUAGUUUUCCUGUGGCGUUAAACGAGUUGCUACAGUAUCAGAUCUUCAUGGCAGGUUAACAAAAGGCCGAUUUUUGUAUUUUUUGCUCCACAUAUUUCAUUACUUUGUUGGAACAGUGGAGGGGGCAACACAAGGGAAACAUCCAAUUGCAAAGCAAGCUUGUCUUGUGGAUAUGUUUGUUAUUCAGCUCAUGCACUAUCGAGAGGCUGCUGGAUGUGCUGCCUGACAUGGCUGUCUAACAGGCUGCCAUAGAUCUCCUUAUGGAUCACAGGGGACUACAAAGAAAAAACACUGUCUGUGAGCAUAGCCAAUAACUAGGGAAUCUGACCCACAAGCACAUCAUCAGACUGACUUCAGUGCAUGUGGCCUCUUCAGUUGUUCAUAGACAUCUGUUGGGCAGCCCAAAGGCCUAUUGCUAUGCACUCUAAACGGAGAGACAUGAGCUGUGGGAAUGCUGGGAGGAGCAGGCUUCUUUCGAGCAGGACUAUCUCCCUGGUAAUAGGGCUUCUGGUGACCGUGGCCCAGGGUGCUGCGCCAGAACAGCAAGAGACACUGGUGGAGAUGAUUUCUGUGGAACUAGAGGCUUCCAUGCAGUCUUCUGUGCUCUCUGAGCUCCAGGCUGCAGCAUCCUCAGUUGGUGAAGGGCCGCCUACAGCUAUCCCAGAUUCCUCUGCAAAGAAUGGGGGCGUGCACACUGGCAUCCCUGACUCCUCGGCAAUCGUGGGCCAGGUGUUCCAAUUGAAGGUUCCACCAGGACCUGCCAAUGCAAGCUGUAAUGUCCAUCUCACUGAGAUGGGAAAGGACACUUUACCCUCCUGGCUAUAUUGGGACAAAGAAAGCUGCAUUCUGAGAGGCUUGGCCCUGGAGCAGGAUAAAGGUGUGUAUCAUAUCUUGGUGUCUGGAGAGGAGAUAAUUGAGAAGACUGGCAGCCAAGUGUUUCCCAGCACGGUCUUCUCUAUUGAGGUAUACCCAGAAGAACGGGCAGACUCUGAACCAGCCCUACUCACUCUACAGUCAGAUAUCAGUGGCCUCCAGCCUUUCACCUGUGGCUCUGAGGAGCCGGUCACUGUCCUCACAGUCAUACUGGAUGCUGACUUGACAAAGAUGGUUUCUGAACAGAGGGUCAACUUACUAGGCAUUAUGAGAAAAUUCUCACAUGUGCCCUUGGAGCACAUGAGGGUGGUCCCUGUUGUUAACAACCGCUUAUUUGACAUGUCUGCUUUCAUGGCGGGGCCGGGGAAUGCCAAGAAGGUGGUGGAAAAUGGGGCCCUACUGUCAUGGAAACUUGGAUGUGCCCUUGACCAGAGCAAUAUUCCUGACAUUAGCAGCGUCCAAUCCUCAGCAAAGGAUGGGACCAUGUCAGCCCGGCUGGGAUACCCAGUGGUUGGCUGGCACAUUGUCAACAAAAAGCCCCAUGGAGUGAAACGGGUAAGACGGCAGUUAUAUAAUACUCCUACUCCAGUGCCCUCCCUGCUUCCUCCAACUACUCACCCAGAGCCCCCUGUACGUGUUAUUCCCACCCCAACUUCACCUUCUAUUGCACCAGCAACAGACAACUCUGCACCCCCUGUUCGAGGCCCUUUGCCUCUUCCAGUGAAGCCCACUAUGAGAGUCAGAGAUCAGAUAGCCCACACACCUGUUUUUGGACCUCCCCAACCCACCAGAGUACUAGGAACUACGAGCACCAUCCCUAUCCAGCCUACCAUGACCCGACCUACAUUUGUUGAGGCCACUGCUUCUCCAACACCACCAAGCACCACCAAAAGACCCAAACCCCCUGCCACAAGGAAACCCAAGAAACCCAAAACCUCCACCCCAGCUCCUCGGGAACCCAAGUCCACCACAGCUAAACCGCCCAAACGCACCACUCCUCUCUCUUUGGCUCCAGACUUAAAUCAAAACCCAGAGAUCCGCAACGCUAUUGAUCAGGUGAAUGCAUGGGUGGGCACGUACUUUGAGGUUAAGAUUCCUCCCGAUACAUUCUUUGACAGAGAGGAUGGUACUACUGACAAGCUGCGUUUGACUUUGAAGAAGACCCCCAAAGAAGCAGUGAAUGAAACAUCUUGGAUCCAAUUCAACAGCACUAUUCAGCUGUUGUAUGGACUUCCAGAGGAGCAGCAUGAGGGGAAACAUGAGUACUUCAUGUUAGCUACUGAUAAGGGUGGGAAGAGUAUCAUGGAUGCAUUUGAGGUUCGAGUCAACCGUUGGUCGACUAAUGACAAACCAUCAGUUGUGUUUGCUGCUCGUUUCCAUGGUGACCCUAAAACUUUAAGCAAUGAUGUCCAUAAAAAGAUUCUUUUGACCAAAAAGUUGGCUUAUGCCCUUGGUGAUCGAAAUAGCAGCACAGUGACCCUGAGAAGCAUCACUAGGGGCUCCAUAGUGGUAGAAUGGACCAAUAACAGUCUCCAGCAGAGUCCUUGUCCAAAGGACCAGAUCACAGUUCUCAGCAACAAGAUCUCUGACCCCCAAGGCACACCUAAACUGGCCUUCAUCAAAGCCAUGGAGCCUGAAUUCAAACCCAUUAACAUCUCCAUUCGUGGCACAAAUAAAUGUCAAAGCUAUACCUUCAUUCCACCAGGAGAGGUGCCGAUACUUGUUAUUCCUACUGUUACACCUUCACCUGGGACAGGACGCAGGAGCAGUGAUGAUGUGUAUUUACACACAGUCAUCCCUGCUGUGGUGGUAGCAGCCCUGCUGCUAAUAGCAGGGAUCAUUGCAAUGGUCUGUUACCGUAAGAAGCGCAAAGGGAAGAUGACCAUAGAGGAGCAGGCCACUUUCAUCAAGAAAGGAGUCCCCAUAAUAUUUGCAGAUGAGUUGGAUGAUUCCAAGUCACCCCCGUCCUCCAGCAUCCCUCUUAUCCUUCAGGAGGAAAAGCCCCCACUUCCACCUCCAGAGUACCCUAACAUGGCAGGCCCCCACAGUACCCUGCUUAACCAGGAUCUGCUGGAGGAGUAUUCUGUUUAUCAAGAUGAUGAUCCUAAUGCCCCCCCUUACCAGCCCCCACCACCAUUUACUGUCCCCAUAGAGGGCAAAGGCUCCCGCCCCAAGAACAUGACCUCAUACAGGUCACCACCUCCCUAUGUGCCUCCCUAACGCUCACUGGAGCUUUCAGUUUGGAAAGCAGGUGCAAUUUAGGGAUGCUUGUUGAAAACUACUACAGGAGUAAUUUUACAUGUGUUCAAUGAAACGGCUUUGACUUUGUAGAGGAGCAGGCAACCAUACCCAUAUAUUUGACCAUCAUGGAUAAGACACUGUAUCGUACAAUUCUACUACUGGCACAGGGCAAAUGGAUGGGGAACAGUUUGUAAUUCCAGCACUUUUUUUUGUUUGUUUUAUUUUUGCUGUCCUUCAGAUCUGCUUUUGACUUCUUGCAUAUUCUUAUUUGUCUGUUUUUGCCAAGAAGAGUCAGUUGUAUCUUCAAUGACGUACUAUUUCUAUUGUAUAGAAAAUAAUAAAGAAGCAGGAAAGACUGAAGCCCACAGGGCCUUUAAGCAGAUGUCACCAUGACAACAGACUUGAGGCUCUCCCUCACAAUGUUAAUCUUUGAGUUCCAUAUCACUCUUACCUGUCCUUUGGCUAGGUUUACUAAGAUUUUGCACCUGUUAUUUCUAGAGGGGAAUGAAAUACAAAAAGCCAAACUGAAAGCAUGAAACACUUUAUUUACACAGAAAUCUGUUUGUUUCUUAGACUUUGAUCUUUUCCUGUUCUCUUCUAUGCUUUGCUCCCUCUUGACAAUAACAUGCAAACCUUGCACUUAUGCAAAUUCUUGUUAAACCUUGCACUAUGUGUCUUGCGCAGAAUUGAACGCAGUAAGUGGUAGUCCAAUAAGAAGAAAAAAAAAAUUCUUUUUGUAUCCUUGAACUUGCCACAUGACUGAGAUUCCUCUGGUACUUGAUCACAAAGGACAUUACACUGAUCACGCCUGUUGUAGAUGUAGCCUAAUUAAGUUACAAAACAAAUAAUGACUUCUUCUUUUCUUUCUUCUUUUUUUUUUUUUUUUUUUAAAUGUGUGUGCCACUGAACCUGCCUAUGAGAUGACUGGUUUUGCUGUUGCCAAGGUGAUGACAGUGGUCACAAGGCAAGCUUUGUGGGGUUGCUACAACAAUAAAGAAGGGGCCAAUGGUAUGCUGUGGUUCACAGCAGGAUGAGAAUUGGCGACGUAGUCAAUGAGGUGGAUCCACUGUCUUAUAUUCAGUUGGUUUUGUUGGUAUGAGGGGUGGGGGGUGCUCAGAGUUGCACUGUUAUGUUUAGUGCACUGCCUGUUGUCAGUUCAAAUGAGGCAUGGGGACAUGGGGAUGUACAUAAUUGUGUGCCUGUGAAAUUAAAGAACUCCAUAAUGUUAGUGUUUUAUCAGUAAACCUAGUCGGGAAAAGGGUGGGCCAGAGUGGGAAAUAAUUUUAUUUUUUAAUUGUAUGUCUAGAUUUAUGAUCACAAUCAUAAAAAAAAAAACAACUUUAUAGUUUGCGAGGGUACAAAAGAACGUUUACCUACCCAUCACAAAAAAAAAUAAUAAUGCAUUAUCUCAGUAUGAUGGGGAACAAAGAAACCACAACAAUAUGUGAAUUAUGUACAUUUCAUACCUGAUAUCACCAUAAGAAAAAAUGGUUAAAAAUCUAAUGUUUUUACUGAGUUUUUGAUACAGUCUUAAACUUGUUUUAUGAAAAUAUAUUAAUAAAAUGUAAUACUAUUUGUAAAGCCUCAAAGAUGGUGUAGAGUCUCUUUUUAAUGGUGUUUUUUUUUUCUCUUUUUUUGAGAAAAUGGAACUUGAUUUUGGUUCUUUCGGUAUGUUUAUAAAAUAGAGUUGUAUGAGUAUUAAAGAACUGAUAAACACAA